CGCAUUCAGUUAUAAGCGACCUUUCGUCGAAGGCGGUGCGAAGUUUUCUGCCGUUGAUAAAGCGGAAUAACCAGACAGGUUCGGAAAACCAAGCCGCAGAUGACGCUGAAGAGCGCAGUGCGGGGGGAAGCACCGCAGCUGUGGCUGCUCCUCCUCUUGGCCUCCAUUUCAAGCAGCUUAUGGGCUUCAGUGGCCGCUAGGACAGGACCUUCGCACGAUAAGGUGGUGGUUUGCUACAUUUCCACCUGGGCGGUUUACCGGCCGGAGCAGGGUGCCUAUGCCAUCGACAACUUCGAUCCCAGUCUGUGCACCCAUGUGGUUUACGCUUUCGCGGGACUGGACAUCACCCAGGCAGCCAUCAAGUCGUUGGAUCCCUGGCAGGACCUCAAGGAAGAGUACGGCAAGGGUGGCUACGAGAAGCUGACCGGCCUGAAGCGCAGCCAUCCGCAUCUGAAGGUCAGCCUGGCCAUCGGGGGCUGGAACGAGGGCUCGGCCAACUACUCCAUUCUGGUGGCCAACGAUCUGCUGCGCGGGCGGUUCGUCAAGCAGGUGUCCACCUUUAUCAGGAAGUACGGCUUUGAUGGCCUGGAUCUGGACUGGGAGUAUCCCACGCAGCGGAAGGGAAAGCCUGCCGAUCGCGAGAACUUCGUCCUCCUGACCAAGGAGUUGCGCGAGGAGUUCGACGAGCAUGGCCUGCUGCUGACCUCCGCCAUCGGGGCGUCCAAGAAGGUCAUUGACGAGGCCUACGACGUGCGGCAGAUCUCCCGCUACCUGGACUACCUGCACAUCAUGUGCUACGACUACCACGGCAGCUGGGACCAGAAGGUGGGCUACAACGCCCCGCUCUCGGCACCCGCGGAUGAUCCGCUCAGUGUGAAAUUCUCCAUUGACUAUUUGCUGAAGUUGGGAGCACCGCGCGAGAAACUGGUGAUGGGUCUGCCCUUCUAUGGACGCACCUUCAAGACGGUGGCCGCGGGCAACCUGAACGACAACAGCGAUGGAGUUGGAUUCCAGGGUCCUUACACGCGGGAGGACGGAUUCCUGGGCUACAACGAGAUCUGUAAGACGCUGAGCAACCAAACCUCCGGAUGGACACGCCAGUGGGAUCCACAAACAAGCCAGGUGCUGGCCAAGUCGGAGCGGAACAUCUUCACCCAGGAGGUCCACGUGGUGACCUACGACAGCUCGCGUUCCAUUGCGAACAAGGUGCUGUUCGCCAUGUCCAGACGACUGGCUGGGGUAAUGGUGUGGUCCGUGGACACGGAUGAUUUCCUGGGCAACUGCCUAUUGGACGAGGACACCUACGAGGACUUCCAGAAAGUGACUGCAGCACCGCGGAGAUUGAGCCAGAACUAUCCCCUGCUGCGGACUAUCAAUGAGGCCACCGUUCUUGCCGUGGAUGAGCUGACUGUUCCGGAACUGCCGCCGGAUGACUCCGAGAACGAGAUCCCACACGGCAGCAUUGCGGAUCGAAAGAACGCGGGCGCUACUGUGCUCAGUUUGGGUCUGGUUUCCACCGCUGUCUUCACGCUGCUGCACCGGAUGACCCAGUAAGAUAUUGGAAUUGGGAUUGGGUCCACCGGUGGCCAUAGUCUAAGAAACACAUCGCCUUGUUCACGUAGUCAUUAAAGUCCAAAUUUAAAUUUUUAA